AUGGCCAUGUCCGCGCAGAGCGCCGCGCCGGUGGGUGGCUCCCAUCCACGACACCGCAGGCGGUAACUGGUGCGAGUCUGACGGGCAGCCUCUGCCGACAGCUAAACAAAAAACCACUGUAGCGCCGCAGCAGCGCAUCGCAAGCGCGCGGUGAUGCGGCGGGCGGCGGUCCUCGCGGCGUGCGCGGUCGCGGCCACCGCGCAGACCGACGACGGCGGCGGCUUCGCGUGCGUCGCCUGCGCGGCCGAGGAGAGCCUCACCGCCUGGUACGUCGCCGUCUCAAACACCGAGUACACCUGCGACCCGGCGACGUACCCUAUCUAUGUAAACAAGGACGGAGUCCCGACGACGGCGCACGUCUUCAAGCACCCGGCCUGCAGCUACGAGUACGGCACGCGCGCCGGGGCCACGGGCGGCGCCAUCAGCUGGGUGACGCAGUGGUGCGCCGACGACGGGACCAUCUGGGAGGCCUCGGACUGCGCGUGCGAGGCCGCGGGCGGCGGGGCGUGCGCCGCCCCGGGCUACGACGACGACGACGGCUACGACGACGACGACGACGCCCCCUGCGACUACGACCCCGGGUCCUGCGUCGACGACCGGACAACCACGGAUGCCUUCGGCGACGGCUGCGCGUGGUACGCUUGUAACCAAGGGGAAUGCGGCGACUACGACGACGGCGACUUCGCGGCGCGGGACCAGUGCUGCGCCUGCGGCGGCGGCACGCUCGCCCCGUCCGCCUCCGACGACGACACGAAUAAGCCGUCCGCCUCCGACGACGGCGGCGACGGCUGUGUGCUCCACGUCGCCGGUCCCGUCGUCACCUCCCCGAGCAACCAGGUCGCCACCGUCGACUCGCUCCAAAACUACGAGCUCGCGUUCACGAUGGAGCUGGCGAGCGACUGGACGCCCAGCCUCGGUACGGGCCAUUGGCAGUCCAUCCUCCGCAUCGGCAAUUUGGAUUACCAGCGGUUGCCUGGCAUCUGGUUUCACGAGACUCAAAACGCCUUGUACGUGAUGCAAUCCUACAGCGGCUGCGUGGGGUCCCCGUGGUCUAAUAACAUCUGCGAGUGGGGCGUGACGACGACGGGCGUCACCUUUACGGCCGGCGUGACCUACGAGAUCAGAGUUGUCGUCGAGAGCAACCAGAUGACAGUGUACGUCGACGGCGUCUCCGUCGGCACUGCGUCGGGGCCUGCGGUCGACACAGUGACGGACGCGGCGGUCUACGUCGGGGAUCCGUGGUGGGACUGGGACACCGCCAAAGUGACGCUCUCCGACGUCACGCUCUCCGACGCCGCGCUCGCCGGCGCCUGCGACGCAAAAAAGUCCUCCGAUGGCGGCGGUCUGUGGGUCACGGCCGACGUGGGCACCUACGACGAGAUGCAGGCGGCGUGCGAGCAGGGCGGCGGCCACCUCGUCGUGCCGGCCUCGGAGGACGAGCGCCUGGCCGCGCUCGAUGCAGUAAAGGCGUCGGUCCACGGCGACGUCGAGAUCUGGGUCGGCUACACGCUGCCGAGCGGCAGCGACCCCGGGACCAUGGCGAACUACGACGGCGAGAGCGGCCUCACCAUGGAGGAGGUCGGGUUCUACCUGUGGGACUCGAACUGCGGCAAGUGCGGCACGAGCCAGUCGUGGGACCGCUGCGUGCACCACACCACCGUGGCGACGGGCGGCGGCACGCCGGGCUACUACAUGGCCACGUGCUCCGGUCCGCGGCCCGGCGUCUGCCAGCCGGCCGGCCUGUGGGCCGGUUCGCUCGCGCCCGGCUACACGCAUCUCCCCAUGACCUGCGUGAACCACCACAACAUCGAGCUCCACGCGGGGAAGACCGUGGCCGAGUGCGCCGCGAUUUGCGACGCCAACGCGCUGUGCCUGGCCUUCGAGUACGGCGUUGACUACGGCGGGGACGGUGAGUACGAAGCGGGGGACUGCCAGGAGCAGAGCUCGGCGGUUCUGAACGGUUGCGACGGCGCGCACCACAACCUGGACUUGUACGUCAAGGACCAGUCGUCCUUCCCUCUGGACGAUACCACGAUCCGCGAGGCCGUCGCGGCGUGGCUCGCGGACGCGACCGCCGCCGAGGCGGCGUACGGCCACAUUUCUACGUGGAAGACUGGGGGGGUGACGGACAUGGCAGACUUGUUUUGCGCGUCCGAAACUAACGGUAAUUGCGCCUCCAGCUCUUCUAGCGAUCACGCGGCGGCCGCGGCGUCCUUCAACGAGGACAUCAGCGCGUGGGAUACCUCGGGCGUUACCACGAUGAUCAGGAUGUUCUACGAAGCUUCGUCCUUCAACCAGCCGCUCAGCGGCUGGCAGGUCGACAAGGUCACGCAUAUGAACUACAUGUUCGGCGAGGCUUCGGCCUUUAACCAGGACAUCGGUGACUGGGCGGUCGACAGUGCCAUCAACAUGAAGUACAUGUUCUACAAAGCCUCGUCGUUUAACCAGGACCUUGGUGAUUGGGCGGUCCACAGCGUUACGAGCAUGAACAGGAUGUUCCAAUCCGCCACUGCAUUUAACCAGGACCUCGGCUGGUGCGUGGUCAACAACGCGGACCUGUAUAGCGCCUUCUACCUGUCCGCGUGCGAACCCAAUUGGAUUGGCGGGCGCACAAGCUGUGGCGUCGUGCGAAAGGACGAAAACGGCGAAUGCUCCACCGAAAUCCUUACAGACAACUCGAUCCACGUGGCGGUCUGGCGGUGGUUCAGGGACGAAUCUGCCACCGAGGCCACGUACGGCCACAUUUCCACGUGGAAGACAUCAGAAGUGACGGAAAUGGAUGAUUUGUUCAUAAACCAAGGAUCCUUCAACGAGGACAUCAGCGCAUGGGAUACCUCGGGCGUUACAAUGAUGGCCAGGAUGUUCUACCAAGCUUCGUCCUUCAACCAGCCGCUCAGCGGCUGGCAAGUAGACAAGGUCAUGAAUAUGAACCAGAUGUUCGGCGGGGCUUCGGCCUUCGACCAGGACCUCGGCUGGUGCGUAGGCGACGACGUGCUCCAGGUAGGCGCGUUCGACAACGCCCCCUGCGAGGCGACGUCGUGCGGCGUCACGCAAGGCACCUGCAAACCGACGCCCGCGCCGACAGCCUUCGACGGUAAGUUCUACGACAGCAACAUCAGAACGGCCGUCAUCGCGUGGGCCUCAGACGCGACGGCCGCCGAGGCGACGUACGGCCCCAUCUCGACGUGGGACACAUCGGGGGUGACGGACAUGGAAGGCUUGUUUUGCGCGGUAGAUUUAGACGACGACGGCUGGAGCGAUUGCCUGGGCUCGGCUGCAGCGUCCUUCAACGAGGACAUCAGCGCGUGGGAUACCUCGGGCGUUACAAUGAUGGCCAGGAUGUUCUACAAAGCUUCGUCCUUCAACCAGCCGCUCAGCGGAUGGCAAGUCGACAAGGUCACGAAUAUGAACUUCAUGUUCAGCGAAGCCUCCGCCUUUAACCAGGACAUCGGUGACUGGGCGCUCGACAGCGUCACGCACAUCACGUCCAUGUUCGAAGGCGCCUCGGCCUUUAACCAGGACCUCGGCUGGUGCGUGGGCGACGACGUGAACCUGGGCGACGCGUUCUCCGACACCCCCUGCGAGUCGACGUCGUGCGGCGUCGUUCAGAAUGCUGCGGGCACGUGCGCGCCGACGCCCGCGCCGUCGCCCAGCGCCGCGGCGCCCGACCACCCGCACUGGCGCUGGGGCGCGGCGGGCCAGAGCUGCGACCAGGCCUGCGCGCCGACGGGCCUCGCGUGCAACGCGCAGCCCAUGGCGACCGUCACGACGCUGACGCGGUUCCGGGCGCUCGCCGGCGCGAUCAACUCGCCGACGACCCCCGACGGCAUCACGGGCGUGGGCGGCCACACGGCGCCCGACCAGGCCCCGUUCUCCGACAUUGGGUCGGGAAACGGCGAAUACGAUCAACUCGCCUUCCUGGCGACGGGCACGCCGACCUGCGCCGGCGCGCACAGCAACCGCGCCCGCCUCUGCUACUGCGGCGCCUUUGAUGACACGAGCAUCGUCACGGCGCGCGACGCGUGGCUCGCGGACGCGACCGCCGCCGAGGCGGCCUACGGCCACAUCGCGACGUGGGGCACCGGCGGCGUGACGCACAUGAAGGCAUUGUUUUGUGCGAGCGCGGUGGGCGACUGCAACGCGGCCGCGGCGUCCUUCAACGAGGACAUCAGCGCGUGGGAUACCUCGAGCGUCACGACGAUGUGGAACAUGUUCAGAGGAGCCUCGUCGUUCAACCAAACGCUGGGCGACUGGCAGGUCGACCAGGUCACGGACACGCGCUUCAUGUUCGCCGACGCCGCGGCGUUCAACCGGCCGCUCGGCGACUGGAGCGUGGGCAACGUCGGGGAUAUGCGCCAGAUGUUCAACGGAGCCACGUCGUUCAACCAGCCGCUGAGCGGCUGGAGCGUCGUCCAGGUCACGAAUAUGAGGGGCAUGUUCCAGGACGCCGCGUCGUUCGACCAGGACCUCGGCGCCUGGAGCGUCGGCGGCGUCACGAACAUGGCGAACAUCUUCAACGGCGCCUCGGCCUUCGACCAGGACCUCGGGUGGUGCGUGGCCACGAGCGUGAACAAGAACAACGCCUUCGCCGGCAGCGCGUGCGCGGCGACGGCGUGCGACGUCGUGGCAAAGGACAAUUGCGCUAGCGUCAUGGACGACACCACGAUCCGCGAGGCCGUCUCAACAUAUCUCGCCGACCAGUCGGCCGCCGACGCGACGUACGGCCCCAUCGAGAAGUGGGACACGUCCCGGGUCACGGACAUGGCCGGGCUCUUCUGCCGGGACUGUGGAAUGGAGACGCAGCACUUCAACGCCGACAUCCGGGACUGGGACACGUCCGCCGUCACGUCGCUGCGCCAGACGUUCAAGGGCGCCGCGUCGUUCGGCCAGCCGAUCGGCGGCUGGGACGUCUCCCAGGUCACGGACCUGCACGAGACGUUUCGGGGAGCGACGAGCUUUAACACGCCGCUCAACGACUGGGACGUGGCUCAAGUCACAACCUUCUACCACACGUUCGCCUGGGCCACGGCUUUUAACAUGCAGCUGAACAAGUGGGCGAUGGGGAGUGCCACGACGAUCGAAGGCAUGUUCCGCAACACGAACUACAACCAGAAUUUGGGCUGGUGCCUCGAGAUUGAUCUUGUAGACGUCUUCAAGAACGCCGCGUGCAGUUUGACGGCGUGCGGCGUCGAGCAGGGCUUCGACGAGGGCGGCCGCUGCAAGCCCCUCGUCACGCCCGCGCCGACGCCGGCCCCGACGCCUUUGCCAACACUCGCGCCCACGGAGUGUUCGGUGCGGGCGCCGCCCCAGGUCCUCGAGGCGACCUUCAGCCCGGGCGUCGAGGUCAUGAUCAAGUUCGACGCGCCGACGGACAUGUUCUCCAAAAGCGUCGAGGAGACCUUCCAGUGCUACGAGGUCCUGGACUUCAAUGAUAACGACCGGGACUCGACGCCGAUGGACUGCUCGUUCAUCAGCAGCACGGCGGUGCUGAUCGCGGCGAAGGACGAGGUGAACCGCGCGGGCUGGACCGUCGCGCUGCGGCCGUGCGUCGUCGGGCUCGAGGACGCGAAGGCGUGGGACUGCGACUGCGCGUCGACCGAGGACGACAUGACCGUCGUGACGAUCGAGGUGCCGGACGAGCUCCAGAAGCCCGAGGCGCGGCUCGAGGGCCCGCAGCAGGCGGCGACCUGCGAAAUUUUAAAAAUUGACGCGUCGCCGUCGAUCGGCGGGCUGGGCAGCGCCUUCACGUCCUACGCCUGGGCGGCGGCGGCGCCGGACGCGUCGGCGGACGCCCAGCAGGAGCUCGCGGACGAGAUCGCGCGGGCGUCGGUGAAAAACUUUCACACCUUGAACUUCCCGACCGGGCUCCUUGCGCUGCUCGGCGGCGACACGCGCGUCGACGUCACCGUCACCGUGACGGACUGGAUGGGCUACGAGGACACGUCCGACGUCUUCAGCGUCGAGCUCCUCGCCGGCGAGCCGCCGACGGUGUCGAUCCCCGGCGAUCCAACAAGAACGCUCACGCGCGCCGACGCGCUGGGCGUCGAGGCCGUGGCCAUCGCGACGGGCUGCGACGGCCGCCCGGACGUCGACCGCGGCGUGGAGUACGCCUGGGAUCUCACGACGACGGAGGGCGCGGCGACGGGGCUCGCGUCGGCGUCGCGGAGCCCGAAGAAGUUCAGCCUCGACCCGUACGCGCUAACCGUGGGAAACUACACCCUGGCGGUGACGGCGACCGACGCCGGCGACGCCGGAUCAAAAGCAACCGCGACGGCGUCCACGUCCAUUAUUGUGGAGGCCGGCCCCCUCGUGGCCGAGGUCGUCGGCGGCGAGGCGCAGGUCGCCGUCGCGGGCGACACGGUGCGCCUCGACGCGUCGCCGAGCUACGACACGGACGUGGAGGGGGUUACGGGCGCCGCGGCGGGCCUCGAAUUCUCGUGGAGCUUCAACAAAACUGUGUUAGCGGGCGAGGUCGUCGACCUCGCGCUGGUCGGCGACGCCGGCUGUGUCAAUGAAGAGGGCUGCGAGCUCGUCGUGACGCUGACGGUCACGAAGGACCGCCGCGCGGCGACGGCGGCGGUCGUCCUCGAGCUCCUCGUGCCGGAGGAGGUCGUGGUCCUGCCCAGGGUCGACGUCGACGCGUCGGCGCACGCGUCGCGCCGCGUCUCGGCCCAGGGCACGGUCAAGCUCCUCGGGACGGUGUCGUCCGACGGCGGCGACGGGGCGCUGGCGUCGACCUGGGUCGUCGACGGCGCGCUGGUCGUGUCGGAGGGCUGCGACGACCUGGCUUGCUGGGCGAACACGGGCGUCGAGGAGGGCGGCGGCGGCGAGUACCGGCACGACCUGGUCGUGGCCCCGGGCGCCCUCGUGGGCGGCGCGACCUACGGCUUCCGGCUCCUGGCGGCCUUCGCGGGCGCGGACGUCUCGGUCUACGCCGGCGUGACGUUAACAGCGGUGACGCCGCCCGCCGCGGGCCAGUGCGCCGUCGCGCCGCAGGACCCCGGCGUGUCGACCUACGUCGCGCUGUCCACCAAAUUCGUCGUGUCGACGGCGUCGUGGGUCGCCGCCGCCGAGGACUACCCCCUGGAGUACUCGUUCCAGGCGACGGCAGGCGGCGUCACGACGACGCUCGCCGUCUUCGGCGACAAGACGACGGUCGCGGACGUCUACCUGUCCGCCGGCGACGUCCAAGUUGUCGCGAUGGCGCGGGACGCGCUGGGGGGCGUGGGCGAGGCGAGCGCGCCCGACAUUGUGGAAGUCGCGGAGACGGCGCUCGAGGGCGAGGCUCUGGAGGAGAAGACCGAGGAGCUGUUGGACGAGGCCUUCGCGCUGGAUCGGACGGAGCAGGUGCUCCAGGUCGCCGUGGCCGUCAGCGAGGCGGACGUCGAGACGACGGCGGCGACGACGGAGAUUCUGGUCGACGCCGUUGCGGCCGUCGUCGAGACGCUGGAUGCGGACGAGUCGUCGGUCGAGGCCGCGGCCGUCGCCGCCGAGGUCACGUCCUCGACGCACCUGACGGCCGCGGCGGCGAACACGUCCCUGAAUUCGGUGGGGCAGCUCGCAGCUCUCUCCACCGAAGUGGGCAUCACGGGCGUCGCCGCGGACGGAUUGGUGGGGACGCUGUCAAACGUGUUAAGUGUGGAAAACCUCCCGCCGAACGCGACGGCGGCGCUCGGCGAGAGCAUCGACGCCAUCGGCGCGGCGUUGGUGUACGACGCGGUGCCGGGGGAGAAGUGGCGCGGCGUCGAGAAGGAGCACGUGGCGCUCGGCGCGCAGUCCGUCAAGGCGAACGCGACGAACGCGAGUCUGGCGGCGCCGGGCACGAACUCGAGCGUGGCGCUCCAAUCAACUAGGAAUAUCGAGGUCGUCGUGGCGGAGCUCGCGCGCGACCCGCUGGGCGGCGACUUCGAGGCGACGUCUCGCGUCGUUCGGUUUGGCGCCUUCGCUAAUAUAGACGGCGAGCGGCGGCGGCUGUCGAGCGGACCAGUCUUCACGGCUUCUAUCGUUGUGGACGCGGGCAACUCCUCUGAGGUCGCACGCGCGUUCGACGAGGGCCAGGUCCUUCACACAAAUUUGACGUGCCCGUGCCACUUCGUGGGUCUCAUAAAUGCGACGUGCCCCGACGGGAGGAACGUGAGUUUGAGUUGCGACGGGCGGCCGCAGACCGUGGCCGCGGCCUGCGAGGCGGGCACGACGCAGUGUACCACAUCCGAGAAUGGUCGAUGGGUCUACGACGCCAGUUGUAAGGCGACGCAGUUCGAGAAGCGUACUCUAUGUGUAUGCGAAGCGUCACCGGACGACCCGAAGUACUACUCGACGGCGACGGCCGCGCGCACGCUGAUCAGCGUGUACAGCGCCCAUUUGACGGACCCGCCCGACUUCCGGAAGGCGAAGUGGGUGCUUACAACAUUGAUGGUGCUCUUCGGCUGCUGCGUCCUGAUGACGUGUUACGGGCGGCGCCUCGACGCGCGGGACCGGCGCGAACACGAGUUCUCGCGGAGCCUGGAUUCAUUGUUUGACGGCCUGGACUCGAGGCUGGGCGGCAAGGGCGUCGGGCGCUUCGACGACCUCGCGCGGCCCUGGAAGAGCCGCGCCGCGACGGGUUUACGGGUCCAGCACCCCUUCGUCAACUACUACUGUAUUUACUCAAAGACGAUCCCGCGGGGCUGGCGCGCGUGGGUUUGUGGGUUUGAAGUCUUGGCGUUCUUAUUUGUAUUAGCCGUCCAGACGAACCUCGAGUACCCGGAGAGCGCCAAGGAUGCGUGUGGCGCGCGCGACAUAGAAGACGACUGUCUCCAACUGAAAAACGUCUUCCGGUUCCGCGUCACGGCCAACCUCAACCGGGGUUUAGAAUUCGCUCCAAAGAACAUGUGCGCCUGGGACCAGUGCUCCCAGAGCUGUUUUGCCGUGGAGCCGGGCGACGGCGCGACGUUCGACCCGUCUCAUUUGUUACUUAUACUGGCCGUCUUCUGGUGCACGAUCCCGUUCAUCCGCAUCUGUCUGGUGCUCUUCGAGAAAUAUUUAGUGGCGCCCGUGCCCUACGCCCUGCAAUGCUGUCGGAGCGGGACGCGGUCGGCGCGCUGGACGACGUGCAUGAGUCCCGAAGGCGGACCGGCGCAGCCGGACGCCGAGAAGGGUCUCGCCGUUGAUGAUGACGACUUCUUGACAGCUUUAGAUGACGUCGACGCCGAGUGGGACAACGACGAGGACGACGAGUGGGGUAAUGAUGAUGACGACGUGGCGACGCUCAUGAAUGUGGUGACGAAGGCGGAUAUAGAAGUGGCGCGGGCGCCGAUAUUGAGACGGUCCCUGUCUCAACACGAUAGGGAUGUGUUGCGGGAGGAGCAGCGGACGUGGGCCGAGGGCGUCGCGCGUGAUUUGAGGCAAGCGAACCUCGGCGUGAUAUCACCCGAAGACCUAGCUAAAAUCUCGGUGCCGGCGGGCAUGAAGGCCGUGCUGAAGAGCGACGUGCUGGCUGCCUUAUCCUUCGGCACGGACGAGAUCGAUCGGGCUACGGCGAAAAUCCUGGGCGAGCCCGUCGCCGACGCGGUCGUCAUGAGGGCGGCGGAGCUCGCCGCGCGCGCGCGCGAAGCUAAACAACUGGACGUCAAGGGCGCCAGUGAUGCCGCUACGGUAUUGCAGUCGCUCUCUCGCGGCUUACUGCGCGACUGGCAGUACACCCCCACAAGAAAAGUCUUCGUCCAACGCGUCGAGGCGCGCGUCGCCAAACAUUUAUCAAGAGCAAGAGUGUGGAACGAGAAGCUCCAGUGCGGCCCCCGCCGGAAGACGGCGCGCUUCGACGCCAUGGUGCGGCGCGAGCAUCUGAGGCGGACGCGGUUCCACGUCGCCGCCGAGGCCUCGAAGCGCAUGAACGAGAAGUUGGAAGCCCCCUUGCGGCCUCCUAGAGUCUGGCAGUACCUCGGCGCGUGGCUCUUUGUGCUGGGUACCCACGCCUUCUUCGCCUACUACCUCAUUACGACGGGCGCGCAGUUCGGCCUCCAGAAGUCAAAAGUGUGGCUCAUCGAGAGCUUUUUCGCGACGGUGACCAUGUUCCUGAUCGUGAAGCCGCUGUUCGUGGUCUUCUACUAUUUGAUGGUGCCGUCGCUCCUCGAGGAGAACAUCGCCGAGGCCGCCGAGGCGCGGAAGAGGGGUAGGAGGGCAAGAGCGUUACCCUUCGCGACGGAGCUGCCCACCGGUGCCACGUAUUAUGUCUUGAAACGCCGUCCCGAACUCGCCGAAACGCCGGCCGGGAAGAUCGUGGCCUCGGAGCAGGAGGCGUCGCAGGGCCCGCACGACGCCGAGGCCUUCGUGCGCUCUCUCGGAGAGGCUGCACCCGGGCGCCUCACGUCGAUUGCUGUGUGGAAAUCAACCAGUGCGUCGGGUGCACCCGAUAAUUCUUCACUAAGUCAUUUCUCGGCGAUGACGCUGCCGUGCUGGCUCCGUCGAGCGGUGAGGAACCGGCAUCGUCACGCCAUCGAGCACGUGUCGCGUCGAUGGCGGUGAGGUCGACGCGGCGAUUCAGGACGAACGCGCCGUAAAAUUUUGAUUUCCACACAGGUCGAUUUUAGGCCACGCCCUCGUUUGCCUCGUGGGUACGUUCCUCCUCUUACACGAGGAGGUCCAGGAGACGAUGCUCGAAGAGUUAGUUGCGGCCUUACCCGUCUUCGCGAGUGGCGUGCUGGGCCUCAUCCCGACGUCGCUCAUGGAGCGCGACGAUGGGGUGGGCGAGAUGAUGUCGUUAAUUGUAGUCGCGAUCUGGGUUUUGAUCGCCUACGGCCUAUUCCUAUUAAUGCGGAAUAUAUACCACGUCUUCCUGGAGGCCGUGGACCCGGAGCAGAAGGCCCACGCGAGUUUGAGGAGGCGUGGGCCCAAGAUCCUCGCCCGACUAAAAAGGGCGGCCUCGAGCUUCCGGCGCCCGAAGUCGCCGCAGGAACCGGACCUCGCCGCUACUGCCGAGGCGGCUAGGAACCAGCUCGCGCUCGUUCCGGUCAAGGCACCCCCCGUCAGCGUCGACCGGCCGCUUGUUGAGCUUUCACCGGAGGGAGUUGCCGCGUGGCUGUUCCUGCAAGAGCUGCCCGGAGAUCCCGCGGACGUGGACGCGCUAGGCGAACGCGUGCGCGAGCGAGGCAUUCCCGGUGCUGAGUUUGCGCGAUUGGACGCGGAUGAACUGAAGAUCAUGGGCGUCACGACGCUCGGUUUGCGCAAGGCGAUCCUGCGGCGCACCCGUGAGGACGCUGCCGCCCAGCGCGCCGCUGCGCAAGCGCUCGUGCGCGUGGGUGCUUCAAGAGGAGCUGCCGUGACCUCGGAGAGCUCUGCCUCCAGGGCCGCAAGCACCGAGCCUGGACGGCAGCUCGUCACGCGCGACGCCCUCGCCCCGCGCACUGAGGAGGCGGAAGUCGAUGCCUACGCCGAAGCCGUCAAGAAACGCAGGGCCGCUCUGCGGGCGAUCUUCGACCGCGUCGACUACAACCACGACGGGCAAGUGUCUCGAAUCGAGGCCAUCAAGGCGCUGCGGAAGGACGACGAGUUCGCGCGGAUGCUCGGCUUUGCGCACCAUACGCGCGUCCGCCAGGAGGACGGCACGCGCGACAAGUUGAUGCUCGCCUUCGGCGCGCUCGACGAGAACGAGGACAAGAUGCUGUCGUUCGAGGAGUUCCGGCACGCGUCCCUGGUCGCGUUGAGCUCGGUGAUGCCGUCGCCUCCAUCUGAGUCGGGCAUGGCGCUUGGGGUGCCUCCGACCCCGCCGGUGCAGAUGGGCUCGGGGGACGUGAAUGCAAAAUUGUAACAAGUUAAC